AAUCAUUAACAGUCUUCUAUAAAUAACAAUUCGAAAAUGCCUGUUCAAGUAACACAACAAAGGAAUGGUUCAAGUUUUACUCAUAAAAUUGAUAUUCGAGGUAUGGCCGGAGGUAUGCUUUUAGUAUCUCUUCUUGCAUGCGUUUUUAACGUCAUUGGAUUCGCUACGAGUGGAUGGUCUGUUCGAAAGCUGUCUUCUGGAUCCUAUCACAUUGGUCUUUGGGAGCAAUGUGUUUGUGGAAGUAAUCAGGACUAUGGUGGCUCCGCAUCGAAAUCUUGGUUUAAGGCAACUCAAGCCAUGACCACAAUUGGAUUAAUAUUUCUCAUACUCGCGCUACUCGCCUCAGUAUUCUACGUCUUCGUGCAUAUUUUUAACAAAAAUGUCUGCCUAACUGCGGGUAUUGUAUCAGCCGCUUUAGGAUGUCUUUUCUGUCUCAUUGGCCUCAUUAUUUUUGGCGUAAAAGAGAAAAAUCACAAUUGGUCAUUCGCCUUUGUCUGUAUUUCAGCCAUCUUAUCUCUAUUUGGAACAAUAUUGAUGGUGAUUCUAUUCAGAAAAGCAAGAGACUAA